AUGACAGAAGUCAAAAGGAUACAACCUACAAAUGCCCACCUUCUUGCCGUCCCCGCAGCCCGGCGGUCCCAGCCCGCCUCCCUGCCGUCCCCGUGUGCCGGUGGUCCCAGCCCGCCUCCCUGCAGUCCCCGUGUGCCGGUGGUCCCAGCCCGCCUCCCCACUGUCCCAUGCACCCUGGCGAUCCCAAUGUGCCUCCCGCCAUCUCCGCACCCUAGCAGUCCCAGCCCACCCUCCCGCCAUCCCCGCACCCUAGCAUUCCCAGCCCACCCUCCUGCCGUCCCCGUGCCCCACCUAUCCCAGCCUGCCUCCCUGCCGUCCCCAUGCCCCGCCUAUCCCAGCCUCCUCCCUGCCGUCCCCGCACCCCACCUGUCCCAACAAGCCUGCCCAUCAUCCCCAUGGCUCGGCGGUCCCAGCCUGUCUCCCUGCCAUCCCAUGCACCCUGGUGAUCCCAAUGCACCUCUUGCUGUCCCUGCACCUUGGCAGUCGCAACCCACUUUCCCGCCGUCACUGCACCCCAGCAGUUCCAGCCCGCCUCUCCUCUGUCCCCGUGCCCCACCUGUCCCACCCUGCCUCACCGCACCCCGCCUGUCCCAGCCCGCCUCCCCUCCAUCACUGUCCCGUUCCCUGGCAGUCCCAGCCAACCUCCUCCACCGUCCCAGCUCUCCGGCUGUCCCCACUCCCUAUCCCCGGUUCUCCCAGCCAACCUCCUCCACUCUUGCCUCCUCCACUGUCCCCGCUCCCCCAUCCCUGGCUGUCCCAGCCUGCCUCCUCCAUCGUUCCCCCUCCCUGUCCCCGGCUGUCCCAGCCUGCCUCCUCCACCAUCCCAGCUCCCCAUCCUCGUCUGUCCCAGCCCGCCUCCUCCGCCAUCCCCGCUCCCCGUACACGGGCUGCCACAGCACGCCUCCUCCGCUCUCCCCUCUCUCCGUCCCCAGCUGUCCCAGCCCGCCCCCCUCUGCCAUCCCUGCUCCCCGUCCCCUGCUGUCCCAGCCCGCGCCCUGCCAGCCCCACUUCCUGUCCCUGCCUGUCACAGCCCGCCUCCCCACGCCCCGCCUGUCCCAGCCUGCCUCCCAGCCAUCACCGUCCCCGUCCCUGGCUAGCCCCAGCCCGCCUCCUCCGCCGGUCCUGGUCCCCAUUCCCAGCUGUCCCAGCCCACUUCCUCCUCCUGUCCGCUCCCUGUCCCUGGCUGCCUCCUCCGCCAUUCCUGCUCCCCGUCCCCGGCUGUCCCAGCCUGCCCCCUCCGCCUCCUUGCUCCCUGUCCCCGGCUGUCCCAGCCCGCCUCCACCGCCGGCCCCGCUCCCUGUCCCUGGCUGUCCCAGCCCGCCUCCUCCACCGGCCUCGCUCCCCGUCCCCGGCUGUCCCAACAGGCCACCUCCACUGUCCCCGCUCCCCAUCCCCGGCUGUCCCAGCCUGCCCCCUCUGCCGUCCGGGCUCCCUAUCCCCGGCUGUCCCAGCCCGCCUCCUCCACUGGCCCCGCUCCCUGUCCCUGGCUGUCCAGGCCCGCCCCCUCCACCAUCCCUGCUCCCUGUCCCUCGCUGUCCCAGCCGCCUCCUCCACUGGCUUCACUUCCCUGUCCCCGGCUGUCCCAACUGGCCUCCUCCGCCAUCCCAGCUCCUCGUCCUGGCUGUCCCAGCCCGGCCCCACUGCCCCCUUGCUCCCCGUCCCCGGCUGUCCCAGCCUGCCUCUUGCACCGUCCCCGCUCGUCCCCGGCUGUCCCAGCCCGCCUCCUCCGCCGGCCCCACUCCCCGUCCUUGGCUGUCCCAGCACGCCCCCUCCGCCAUCCCUGCUCCUCGCCCCUGGCUGUCCCAGGCGCCUCCUCCACCGGCCCCGCUCCCUGUCCCCAGCUAUCCCAGCCUGCCUCUUUCGUCUGCACCGCUCCUCAUCCCCGGCUGUCCCAGCCAUCCUCCCCAGUGUCCUUGUGCCCUGCCUGUCACAGCCCGUCUCCUCCACUGUCCCUCUGCCUGUCCCAGCCUGCCUCCUCCACCGUUUCCUCGGCCCUCCCGCGCCUGGGUCUCCUCGGCCCUCCCCCCCGCAUGUGUCUCCUCAGCCCUCCCGCGCCCGUCCCCUCGGCGGAACCCUCCCGCGCCUGGGUCUCCACGGCCCUCCCCGCACCUGGGGUUACACGUCCAUCCCCAGCACCUGAGUUACACGGCCCUCCCCCGCACCUGGGGUUACACGGCCCUCCCCGCACCUGGGGUUACGCAGCCCUCCCCGCGCCUGGGUCUCCUUGGCCCUCCCUGCGCCCGGUCUCCUCGGCCCUCCCCGUGCCCAGGUCUCCACGGUCCCUCCCUGCGCCCAGGUCUCCUCGGUCCUCCGCCCGCCUGGGUCUCCACGGCCCUCCCCACGCCCGGGUCUCCACGCCCUCCCACCCCGCGCCUGGGUCUCCACGGCCCUCCCCACGCCCGGGUCUCCACGGCCCUCCCCACGCCUGGGUCUCCACGGCCCUCCCUGUUCCUGGGUUUCCACGGCCCCUCCCCGCGCCUGGGUUUCCUCAGCCCUCCCCGCGCCCGGGUCUCCUCCGCCCUAAGUGGCGUUGGAGGCGAUGAUGAUGAUGAUGAUGAUGAUGAUGAUGAUGAUGAUGAUGAUGAGGAGGAGGAGGAGGAGGAGGAGGAGCUUGCCAAUGGUGUAUGUCUUGCCUUAAUGAAGCAUUUGCGUCCUUACGCUAGUGUUAAAGUUAGCCAUAAAAGUGCGUCUGCCUCCUCGAUAGGUGCCAACAAUGCCAACAACACAGGCCACCACCGGGCCGUGGCUGAAAGUUUCAUAGGCGGUGGUUGA